UUCUGUCUUUAAUAUGAAAUAUUUGGUUAUGAUCUCCCUGUUCUCUCUUUCCCCUUCUGCACCCAAGUGGACAACCACUUGAGAACUUCUUGUUUUUAUUUCCAAACUGGUAUUUUUCUAGAAGUAUCAAGUAUUGAAAUGUACUGGAAGAAAGUGGUAAUGUAGGGAAUUGAAAGGUUUUUUCUUUUAAAUGGGUUACUCUUACUCCUUAAGUGGCAUUCAGUAAUGAUUUAAUGUCUGUUUUUACUUCUCUAAAUCCUGAAGUGGGGACACAGAAAGAUUUUUUUGAAGGGAAGAAUAGCUUUGAAAGUUGCAGUCAUGCUUAUAUAGAUAGAACACUCCAGUAUGGAUUUGUCUUUUAAGGACUGUCUGAAAACAAAUUAUGUUCUGUUACUUUUUUGUAAUCUAUUGUUAAAUUUGUGUAAGAAAAUGUAUUGAAAAACUAAUUAUUUAUAUUGAAAUCUUGUUUUCUUUUUAACAGACAUAACAUUUUUGUUUUUCUCUACUGAAGAGAAUGAAACUGAGAAGCAUCCAUACCAGUGUUUGAUGAGUAAAUGUUCUAAAUGAAGAACUCCCACAAAAUGAGAUAAUGUCAAAAUAAAUCUGAAGGCAGUGUGCUAUUAGGAAGAAAGAAGUCAUCAAAUUGAUGCUCUCCUUCCUCGUCUCAUAGAAAAUCUGAAAUAAGCUUGAUUUCUAUAACAGUGCUGUUGUGGGAUCUUGCUCAGGAUAAUCAUGGGUCAAACCGGAAAAAAAUCUGAGAAGGGACCAAUUUGUUGGAGAAAACGUGUAAAAUCAGAAUAUAUGAGACUGAGGCAACUCAAGAGGUUCCGACGUGCUGAUGAAGUAAAGAGUAUGUUUAAUUCUAAUCGUCAGAAGAUUCUGGAAAGAACUGAAAUCUUAAAUCAGGAAUGGAAACAACGUAGGAUACAGCCUGUUCACAUCAUGACUUCUGUGAGCUCAUUGCGCGGGACCAGGGAGUGCUCUGUUACCAGUGACAUUGAUUUUCCAAAACAAGUCAUCCCACUGAAGACUCUCAAUGCUGUUGCUUCUGUGCCUAUAAUGUAUUCUUGGUCUCCCCUUCAACAGAAUUUUAUGGUAGAGGAUGAAACUGUUUUACACAACAUUCCAUAUAUGGGAGAUGAAGUGCUUGACCAGGAUGGUACCUUUAUUGAAGAACUGAUCAAGAACUAUGAUGGGAAAGUGCAUGGAGACAGAGGUGAGCCCAAACACUCAGAAUGUGGAUUUAUCAAUGAUGAAAUAUUUGUUGAGUUGGUCAAUGCCCUUGGUCAAUAUAGUGAUGAUGAAGAUGAUGAUGAUGGAGAUGACAAUCCUGAUGAAAGAGAUGACAAGCAAAAAGAUCGGGAAGGUAACAGGAUGGAGAAAGAAACCCACGCACCUCGGAGAUUUCCUUCUGACAAGAUAUUUGAAGCCAUUUCCUCAAUGUUUCCAGACAAGGGUACAGCAGAAGAAUUGAAAGAGAAAUACAAAGAACUCACUGAGCAGCAGCUUCCUGGAGCUCUUCCUCCUGAGUGCACACCAAACAUAGAUGGACCAAAUGCUAAAUCAGUUCAGAGGGAGCAAAGCCUGCACUCCUUUCACACACUCUUCUGUAGACGCUGUUUUAAAUAUGAUUGCUUCUUGCAUCCAUUCCAUGCAACUCCCAAUACUUAUAAGCGAAAGAAUACAGAAACAGCAUUAGAUAAUAAGCCUUGUGGACCUCACUGUUAUCAACAUUUGGAAGGCGCGAAGGAGUUUGCGGCCGCCCUGACGGCGGAGCGCAUCAAGACCCCGCCCAAGCGCCCCGGCGGCCGCCGGAGGGGCCGGCUCCCCAACAACACCAGCAGGCCCAGCACGCCCACCAUCAACGUUCUGGAGUCCAAGGACACGGACAGCGAUCGAGAGGCCGGCACGGAAACCGGCGGGGAAAACAACGAUAAGGAGGAAGAAGAAAAGAAAGACGAAACAUCCAGUUCCUCUGAAGCAAAUUCUAGGUGUCAAACACCAAUAAAAAUGAAGCCAAAUAUUGAGCCUCCAGAGAACGUGGAAUGGAGUGGUGCAGAAGCUUCAAUGUUUAGAGUUCUUAUUGGCACCUACUAUGACAACUUUUGUGCAAUUGCCAGACUGAUUGGGACCAAAACGUGCAGACAGGUGUAUGAGUUUAGAGUAAAGGAAUCUAGUAUUAUUGCACCAGUCCCUGCUGAAGAUGUUGAUACUCCUCCCAGAAAGAAGAAAAGGAAACACAGGUUGUGGGCUGCUCAUUGCAGAAAGAUACAGCUGAAAAAGGAUGGGUCAUCGAAUCACGUUUACAACUAUCAGCCAUGUGAUCACCCACGUCAGCCUUGUGAUAGCUCAUGUCCAUGUGUAAUUGCUCAAAACUUCUGUGAGAAGUUUUGUCAGUGCAGCUCAGAAUGCCAAAAUCGUUUUCCUGGGUGUCGCUGUAAAGCACAAUGCAACACCAAGCAGUGUCCCUGUUACCUGGCUGUCCGUGAGUGUGAUCCUGACCUCUGCCUGACUUGUGGAGCAGCUGACCACUGGGACAGCAAAAAUGUUUCUUGCAAGAACUGCAGCAUUCAGAGAGGAUCCAAAAAACACUUACUAUUGGCACCUUCAGAUGUGGCAGGCUGGGGAAUUUUUAUCAAAGAUCCUGUACAGAAGAAUGAAUUCAUCUCUGAAUACUGUGGUGAGAUUAUUUCUCAGGAUGAGGCAGACAGAAGAGGAAAAGUGUACGACAAAUACAUGUGCAGCUUUCUGUUUAACUUGAAUAAUGAUUUUGUGGUUGAUGCAACACGCAAGGGCAACAAAAUUAGAUUUGCAAACCAUUCAGUAAAUCCCAACUGCUAUGCAAAAGUUAUGAUGGUUAAUGGCGAUCACAGAAUAGGAAUAUUUGCUAAAAGAGCCAUUCAGACUGGUGAAGAACUGUUCUUUGACUACAGAUAUAGCCAAGCUGAUGCCCUUAAGUAUGUGGGCAUUGAAAGAGAAAUGGAAAUCCCUUGACACCAGCUACCUCUUCUUUUAAACAAACAGCUGCCUUAUCUUCAGGAAUUUCUAGUACUGUGGGCAAUUUUAGAAAAAUAAAUAUGAUGCAAUUUGAAAUUCUGUAUUUGCAAAGUACUGUAACAGUAAUUUAUAGUAACAAAUUUUAAGAAAAACAACUUUUUAUUGCCUUCUCACCAGCUGCAAAGUGUUUUGUACCUAUGAACUUUUGCAAUAAUGUGGUGUGGUACAUUUUUCAACCUUGAAUAAAGGAUACUUGAACUUCUUCA